AUCCAUCAUAGUCUGAAAGCAUCUUGCCAAAUCAACCUGAACCUUCCUAAAUCCAAAGCUCAGUCAAUCAUGAAUCCUACACUUUCAAUCAAAACUACAAUCUUCCUUGCUGUUCAUGUUUCUUGGCUCUUUGCCCCUCUUGAAGCUGCCCCCAUGGACAAAAUCCGUGGUGCGUUUUGUGGCAGUGGCUCAUCAAAGGUGUAUGUUGGACCUAGACAAACAGUUGGCUUGACUAAUGAAGAUUUGCAUGAAGAAACCAAAGCAGACUGGAACAACCUGCUUGCGCUAGGUAGAGAAAAUCAGUCAGGAACCAAUUCCAGCCAGGGUUCAUCAAGGGUAGGCUCAGGAGAAGGAAGUUCAUCCAGUGUCAAUUCACAACCUGCCAACAGUAGCACUAGCCAUCGCAGGGGAUGAACUUGAGUUGAGACUUGGAUGCAUAUGCAGCUGGAAGAGAAGAAUCCGCCAAAUGUUUGGAAGUAUCCCGGAUCUGAAAGCACAGCAACCAAGCUGGACUGAAUCUUGGGGUGUGGAGAGGUGGAUUUACAUUUGGUGAAAUUGGAUUCUCUGGUUUAUCUAGCUUUCACUGUAUAUAAUCCAGAUAUACUAGUUUCUCCUCUCCAGUCCACUGGCAGUUCUUACACAUAUGGGACCAAAGAGACAACACAUUCUCUUUUUUUUUUUUUCAUGCCCAUCUUUGAUCAGGGCCAGUGCCAUAUUAGAGCAAGAAUAUUCAACCUUACUCCG